UUCGUUUGUUUUCUAGCUGUCAACAAACAGUUGCACGGAGCGGAGCUGUGUGCUCUCUGUGGGACUGCGCACAUUUUCUUGUACCGAUUAAUAAUUGUGAAUGGAAAAGCUUGUAAGAGAGUGCCGUUGCUGACUGUGUAGCCUAGCGGGAUAUCGUUAGCAGCGAAAACCGGUGUAUGGUUGUUUUAUUCAGGGGAAGACUGAGGCGGCUAAUCAGCGCUUGUCGACGACCAUGGCAGCGGCGACCGUGGUGGAAGCUGACCCGGCGACGAGCGAAGGUGGUGCCGCUUUCUCUGGCGUCCAGAGCCGGGGUUGGGAUGAAUCCCAGCUCCGAAAGUAUUCUUUCCCCACCAAGCCCAUUCCCAGGCUGUCUCACACGGACCCGAGAGCAGAAAUGCUAAUAAACAAUGAGGAACCGGUGGUUUUGACAGACACAAACCUCGUGUACCCAGCUCUCAAAUGGGAUAUCGCAUACCUCAAGGACAACAUUGGAAACGGAGACUUCUCUGUUUACAUUUCAGGAAACCACAAAUUCCUUUACUACGAUGAGAAAAAAAUGUGCAACUUUGAGAACUUUGUCCCGAAGUCUCAGCGAAUGGAAAUGAAGUUUAACGAAUUUGUGGAUCAAAUGCACGAAACGGAGGAAAGGGGAGGAGAUGAAAGGGUAUAUCUGCAGCAGACGCUGAACGACACAGUAGGAAAGAAGAUCGUUGUUGACUUUCUUGGUUUCAACUGGAACUGGAUCAACAAGCAGCAAGCCAAGAGAAGCUGGGGACAGCUGACAUCCAACCUCCUGCUCAUUGGCAUGGAGGGCAAUGUGACGCCAGCGCAUUAUGACGAGCAGCAGAAUUUCUUUGCACAGAUUAAAGGCCAUAAGAGAUGCAUCCUCUUCCCGCCAGACCAGUUUGAAUGUCUCUAUCCAUACCCUGUUCAUCACCCCUGUGACAGACAGAGCCAAGUUGAUUUUGAUAAUCCAGACCAUGAGAAGUUUCCAAAUUUUAAAAAUGUUGUUGGCUAUGAGGCUGUCGUGGGCCCCGGAGACGUGCUCUACAUCCCAAUGUACUGGUGGCAUCACAUUGAAUCGCUGCUGAAUGGUGGAGUGACAAUCACUGUAAACUUCUGGUACAAAGGUGCCCCCACACCUAAGAGGAUAGAAUACCCUCUGCGGGCUCAUCAGAAAGUAGCCAUCAUGAGGAAUAUUGAAAAGAUGCUGGGAGAAGCACUCGGAGAUCCACAUGAGGUCGGACCUUUGCUGAAAACAAUGAUCAAAGGGCGAUACGAGCAGGAUCUUAGUUAGACCCCCACCCUUAAAAACUGCUGACUAGACUGCUUCGGAAACUGUGUGCAUGUGAUGCUGACACUGCUGUGUGUGCACUGUCUUUGGAGCUACGCAUCACUGCAUGGCAAUAAGCGGCCAUCAUGAAAACGUUGUGCUUCAGUCUUCGAGUGCCAUUGUCAUUGGAAAAAAUACAAAAGCAACAGAAGAAACAUCGAUCAAACAUUCAUGUUCUCGUUUUCUUUUGUCUAUUCGUACCGAUCUGUCAGUGCUGUCUCAGUUUUACAAUUCAAGCUGUUGAUUGUCUGAGAUUGGUAGAGAAGCAUUGUUAUUUUAACCACUAAUGAAAGAGUCAGAGGGGUAUUAUAUGUACAGUGCACAUCAGGAUAUUUGUCAUAUACAUGGAGUAAUACAGUUUUGGCUUGACUAGUAAAUUUCAUUUCAUUAUGUUGUAAUAAUCAUAAUCUUUAUUGCAAUGCAAAGACAGCUUUACAGCUGAGGUUUUUGGGAAUAUUUAUCUGCGUUUCCUCUAUGCCUACCUAAGACUUGCUUCAGAUACGAUCAGCAAGACUUCUCGUUUAAAAAAAGAAAAGAAAAAAAAGACAUAGGCACAGAUGUUAAUGCAGUACAGUAAUAUUCAAAAAGUGUUUUUUUGUUUUGUUUUUGUGGGGGGGUCAUAUAUUCAGCUGAAGGAAUAUGUCACAUUCUUUUUAGCAGUGAUUUUUUUUCCUUUGUGUGUGUUAUAAACUGCUCUUUGAGUUUUUACUUCAAGGCCUUUCUUUGGGAUGGGCUACUCUGCACACCAGUAUCAGGAGAAGUGGGUACUUGAAAUGAGCUGAUCAGUGCAGAUUUAGUUGCAACUUUUAAGAAAGAAAAUAUGAAAUUUGUGGAAACCUCUUAGAACAAUUACACAUCAUGUUGUCUUGGGUUAAAGGGUGUAAAACCGGUUUAAAACAACUCACAGAAACAUGUUAAAAUGCUAUUAGUUUAGUGAACUAGCAGGAAAAUGUGUGGAAUGUAGCUCAGUAUCAACCAUUGCAGUGCAACAAAGAAGCACCACCUAGUGGUUAGGUUUGCAUUUGCUUUUCAAGCUUGAUGUGGACUAUGACGCUACAGUACACUUAAUCAGAAUGUUAUAUUACAUGCAUCUAUUUUGAAAUUAAAUGAUUCUGUAAUGUAUACAAACAUUUAAUUCCUGGUGAAAAUGCUGUAUUUGCAUCUGUAGAUGAGAAAAAUGUAUUUUUACUUUCACACAAACAGGUUUGUAAGAUCUUGACGCGAGAGCGACUUGAAAGAUGGCUGUCAUAGAAGUUUAAGCUGCUCUCUCGAGUUGUUAUUAAUAUGUACAUUAAAUAAAAGGGACACCAUUUGGUACACGCUGUGUGGCCACGGUAUUAAAAGCGAGCACAGUGGGGUACGGUGGCUUGCGCACGUCAAAGUAGCAUCCACACGAAUGCUACAGUAGGAGCAUGGUUUCGCAGAACAGUUUGAUUAACUUAAAUAUCAGUGGUUUUAAUGUUGUGGCUGACUGGUGUCCUGUGCAGUAUGUGCCAAACCAACCAGUAGAUGGUAUCUUCAUAAUGUAACUGAAUAAAUCAGUGAGAUGAACCCUUGAAAUGGAAAUAUACAUAUAUUGUCAAUAUUUUUUCAUUUCUUUCUGCUCAAGGUUCAGCCUUUAAACUCCUGAUAGUAAUCAUCAUUUGUUCUUCUCACAAAUUGUGCAGUGAUCAAACGUUGAGUACUAAUUACUCUGUAAAAAUAAGACUGUUUUGCUAGGGUAAUUAAUUACUGUGCGUGCCUUGUCUUAAAUGGGCAGGGUAUUAAAUGUCACAAGAUUAUUUUUUUUUUAAUUUUCCAAUUUUAUAGUAAAAAUGCUUGUUGUCACUCUGGCAUUAAGCUGCUUUAAAGAUGAGAAUGAUUUUAUUUGCAGAGAUGUUUUUUUUUUUUUUUGUUUUUCCCUUUUUUAUUGAU